AAAAACAAACCCACAAACCAAAACAACAACAACAACAAAAAAACCACCAUCAGCAACAACAAACAGCGAGAGCUGGAAAAAUGUGCAACGUCAACGCGCUCGGAGUCUACGUGUGGGAGACAAUCGUUUUCUUCAGCCUGGCAGCCUCCAAAGAAGCUGAAGCAGCAGCACGGUCUGCCCCCAAACCCAUGUCUCCUUCUGAUUUCUUGGAUAAGUUGAUGGGGCGAACUUCGGGAUACGAUGCCAGGAUCAGACCAAAUUUUAAAGGACCACCAGUGAACGUCAGCUGCAACAUUUUCAUCAACAGCUUUGGCUCGAUUGCAGAAACAACUAUGGAUUACAGGGUGAACAUCUUCCUGCGACAGCAGUGGAAUGACCCACGGCUGGCGUACAACGAGUACCCCGACGACUCCCUGGACCUGGACCCCUCCAUGCUGGACUCCAUCUGGAAGCCUGACUUGUUCUUUGCUAAUGAGAAAGGGGCCCACUUCCACGAGAUUACCACAGACAACAAGCUGCUGAGGAUCUCCCGAAAUGGCAACGUCCUCUACAGCAUCAGGAUCACACUGACUCUGGCCUGCCCCAUGGACCUGAAGAACUUCCCCAUGGACGUACAGACGUGCAUCAUGCAGUUAGAAAGCUUUGGCUACACAAUGAAUGAUCUCAUAUUUGAGUGGCAAGAAAAAGGAGCGGUGCAAGUUGCUGACGGGCUGACAUUGCCUCAGUUUAUCCUCAAAGAAGAAAAAGACUUGAGAUACUGCACAAAGCACUACAACACAGGCAAGUUCACCUGUAUAGAAGCUCGUUUCCACCUGGAGAGGCAGAUGGGCUAUUACUUGAUCCAGAUGUACAUCCCCAGUCUCCUUAUUGUCAUUCUGUCCUGGAUCUCGUUCUGGAUCAACAUGGAUGCUGCACCAGCUCGUGUUGGCCUGGGGAUCACCACAGUGCUCACUAUGACCACACAGAGCUCUGGUUCCCGAGCAUCACUGCCCAAGGUGUCCUACGUGAAGGCCAUAGACAUCUGGAUGGCUGUGUGCUUGCUGUUUGUGUUCUCUGCACUUCUAGAAUAUGCUGCUGUCAACUUCGUGUCUCGGCAGCACAAAGAGCUGCUCAGGUUCAGAAGGAAGAGGAGGCAUCAUAAGAGUCCCAUGCUGAAUCUGUUUCAGGAGGAUGAAGCUGGUGAGGGCAGGUUCAACUUCACUGCCUACGGGAUGGGACCAGCUUGCCUACAAGCCAAGGAUGGCAUCUCUGUCAAGGGGGCCAACAACAACAACACGGCCAACCCGGUGCCGCCGCCAUCCCGCUCGCCCGAGGAGAUGCGGAAGCUCUUCAUCCAGCGAGCCAAGAAGAUCGACAAGAUCUCCCGCAUCGGCUUCCCCAUGGCAUUCCUCAUCUUCAACAUUUUCUACUGGAUCAUCUACAAGAUCGUCCGCAGAGAGGACGUGCACAACCAUCAUGGGUUUGCCGAUCAAACACUUUGUGACUUUUGCAUAGAGGAAAGCAAAUACAUUAUCUCUCUCAUCCCCAUCAGAGAGCUUCCUAAGGAAACACAGGAAGGACAUCAGGGCCUUCAUCAGAAAUCACAGGUACCUUAUGUACUUUCAAACAACCUGGCAGAAUUCGAGUCCCAGGAGGCAGAAAUGCUAUUCAGAAUGCUAGAAAUUAUGAAGGGUUUUUUAAAUAGGGUUUCUUUCAUUUGUUUUGGUCGGUUUUGGUGGUUUUUUUUCCAAACCCCUUUCUACCAUGUUUGUUUGCAAUGGGGGGAUGGAAGUGAUUGUAUUUAAAAUAUAGAGAAAACAGGCAUCUUCUUGCCUUGUUGUGACAGGACCGGGCAUGUGGCAAUACUGUCAGUAAGGGGGGGGGAAGGUGUGUAUAGAGAGAGCAGCUCUUAUUUUCAGACAUUUCAUAGCAGUAAUAUUAAUAGUGAAGCUGGGUCAAUGGACCCAAAACUAUAUUUUUGUAUCUAUUUUGGUGCUGCAUUUACCUUUAACGAGGAUGGGAAGAUGGAGCAGGCUGCUUUGCCCCUCGCUGCUACCUGGCAGAGGCUGGCACAGCUUGGUGGGGAUGGGGAAAGGGUGGAGGGAGGUGGGAAUGGGUGAGCAAAGGGGUUUCCCUUUGGCCAAGUGGUAGCACACGUUUGUGUUGGUGUUUGGGGUAGGGGAGAAUGUGCCAAACACCUCUAGGGUGUGACUUGAAAGCCUGGCUUGGGGCCAGCGGGCAAGUUAAGGGUUUGGUGUCCCACUUGCCUCUCUGGGACCCUGGGUGUGAGCUGGCUGCAGCACCCAGGGCGACUCAGCUGUGUUUGUUUGCACUUUAGUAAGGCAGAUAAAAGAGAGCACGAAGGAAGAGACAAUCAGUCUGCACUGAAGCACUUGGGGUCUGGUCUGGGUUAGGCACUAAAUGAAGGCAGAGACAAGUGGCACCCAAGGGAGGCUGGAGUCAUGUUCAGCCACAGGUGUCCCAGCCAGCACAGCAAGAGGCAGGCAUGGGAGAGGGCAGGGGAGCCAGGGACCUGUGAGCUGUCCUACACAGGGGUGGUGCCAAGUGGACAAAGCCCAGAGAAAGCCCCAGGGCUCUCUUGACUGGGUAGGGGGACACCCAUCUUUGAGGCUGCCAAUUCAGCACCUUUCACCAGCACUAAAUACACUUUAUUUAAAGGGAGAAAAAAAAAUUUAAAAAAAGAAAGAAACAAAGAAACAAAGGAUAAGAAUAGCAAGGGG